CUUCUUCUUCUACUUCAUACUCUUCUACUCACAUUCAUUCUUUGCUUCUUCGCUUUGAUAAUCACGAGAUCCCCAUCUACCCCACUCACCCCACUACCCCGCCACCCCACCCACCCCACCAUUUUUCUCUAUAUAACUUGUUCAAUGCCAUUUUUUCCCAUCUUCUUGAUGCUUCACAUUUACAGUUUUUCUUGUUAAACUCUCUUACAGUGAAUAAAUUUCAACAAAUUUGCAGAAAAUAGCGAAUACCCACGUCAAGAUUUUAGCUACAUUGCUACAUUCUGUAGAAAAAUUGAGUGAAAAUGUCGGGUCCGGGUUCGGAUUCGGGUACGAAUCCGGGUUCGGGUUCAAGAAAGUCCAUGUCGUUAGCUGAUCAAUUCAGAAAUACUACAUUGAAUGAUGAUGAUGUUAACAAACCUGAUUCUCGUGAAUUGAAUUUGGCUAUGGGUACGGGUACGGGUUCACCCGUUUCAACAUUAAGGACCCGAAUUGGAUCCGGGUUGAGUUCUACUACUACCAGUUCGAGUAGUUCCAGUUCAUCUGGAUCAGUUUCGGGUCGGAAUGUGACUUUUUCGGGUCAUUCGGGUGAGCUGAAAACGGGUCAUGGUGGCAAUAUUUCGGGUUCAAGAAAGUCCGGUUUGGAUCAUUCUGGUGAUAAUUCGGGUUCAAGAAAGUCCGGUUCGGGUCAUACCGGUGAGCGUAAACCGGUUCAUGGUGGGAGCGCAGUUUCAAGAAAGUCCGGGUCGGAUCAUUCCAGUGAGCUGAAAACGGGUCAUGGUGGGAGCCCAGUUACUUCAGGUUCAAGAAAGUCCGGGUCGGGUCAUUCCGGUGAGAAUCCGGGUCAUGGGGGGAGCCCAGUUACUUCACCUGGCAAUAUUUCGAGUCCAAGAAAGUCCGGUUCGGGUCAUUCGAGUGAGCCUAAACCGAGUUCAAGAAAGUCGGAUUCUAGUCAUUCGGGUGAGCUGAAACCGGGUUCAAGAAAGUCGGAUUCGGGUCAUUCAGGUGAGCUCAAACCGGGUCCAAGAAAGUCCGGGUCGGGUCAUGGGCGGUCCGAGUAUUCGAGUUCAGUUACUUCACCUACUAUGCCAGUGCUUCCUGCUGGCAAUAUUUGUCCCUCUGGUAAACUCUUGAGAGGUGCUAUGUUGGCUAAUAAGCCUAUGAGGAGUGAUAUAGUUGGUUCGGGACAGGGUUCUUAUGGCCAUGGGACCAUAAUGCCUGGCGGUUUUUCUCCGAAAUCCGGUGGUGUUUCGGAUUAUCAUUGGAUUAAUCCGAAGGGACUAAUGGGUGGAGGAGAUAGUGUAAAACGCGGGGUCUUGAGAAAUGAUCCCGAGGAGUUUAAGAGAGCAGGAAAUGAGAAUUACAAGAAGGGUAAUUUCGGAGAAGCAUUGAAUCGUUAUGAUAAAGGUAUAGCGAUUUCUCCGGAAAAUGCUGCAUUGCAUUGUAAUCGAGCAGCUGCAUUGAUUGGUCUUAAGCGAUAUAAGGAAGCAGUGAAGGAAUGUCAAGCAGCGAUUAGGUUGGAUCCAUCGUAUAUUAGAGCACACCAGCGUUUAGGAUCUAUAUACCUUAGUUUAGGACAGGUUGAAGACGCAAGGAGGCACUAUUUUUCCCAAGGUUUUAAGCCAGAUCAAGCCGAGUUGCAGAUGUUGCAAGCAGUGGAGAAACAUAUCAAAGGAUGCACUGCCGCCCGGAAACUUGGAGAUUGGAAGACUACAUUAAAAGAAGCCGAGGCAGCAACCUUUUCUGGAGCUGUGGCAUCUCCUCAGCUAUUUGCAUGUAGAGCAGAAGCUCAUUUGAAGCUACACCAAUUGGGGGAUGCUGAAAUGUGCGUAUCUGAAGUUCAUAAGCAUGAAUUACUUGCUGCAGCACGCGAGUUAAAUUUUUUCGGGAUGUUCUCUGAAGCAUACAUAUUAUCUGUUCAGGCUCAGAUUCAUAUGGCGUUUGGAAGGUUUGAAAAUGCACUUACUGUCAUUGAGAGAGCUGCGAAUGUUGAUCCUCGAAGCGCUGAACUUGUUAUUUUACAUAAAAACGUGAGGAUGGUGGUGCAAGCUCGUGCUCGUGGCAAUGAGUUGUUUAGAUCUGAAAGAUAUACUGAAGCUAGUAUUGCUUAUGGAGAAGGGCUCGCGCGUGAUUCUUCGAAUUCAAUCCUCUACUGCAAUAGAGCAGCUUGCUGGUAUAAACUUGAAGAGUGGGAAAAAUCUCUGGAUGAUUGCAACCAUGCUCUCCAUAUCCAGCCAUAUUAUACUAAAGCGCUUCUUCGAAGAGCUGGCUCGAAUUUCAAGCUGGAAAGAUGGGCUGAAGCUGUGAGAGAUUAUGAGGUUUUGCGGCGGGAACUUCCACAUGACAAUGAUGUUACUGAAUCGUUGCUCCAUGCUCAAGCUGAGUUGAAGAAGUCGCGUAAUAUGAAUCUUGAGGAGUUCCGGGAUUCAAUUUCGUCAUCUGAUGUAUCUGUGGUUCAUUUUAUCGCAGAAUCCAACCCGCAAUGCAAGCAGAUAUCCCCAUUCUUGGACACCUUAAGCACCAAAUUUCCUUCGAUAAGAUUUCUCAAGGUGGACGUGGAAGAGGUCCCAACGAUCGCUGCAGCAGAGAACGUUACAAGAGUACCUACAUUUAAGAUUUACAAGACUGGUAUCCGCAUGAUGGAGAUGGUUAAGCCAAGUCCAGAGAUGCUGGAGUCCUCCAUCAGGCAUUACAGUAGCUGAGAGCACGGUGUCAUCUUCUCUGAACACCCUCUCCGCUUACAUAUACAUGUGACAUAAUCAGAGCUACCACAUAUUGCUGAUAUCAUUGUCCGAUUCAGCCAUGCUUUUGUGUUCUUCAAGGGGGGGAAGUCUAGUCUCCCUUUUUACCCUCAUUUGUUCAUUCAUUAAUUCCCCAUCUCCGAUACUUUUCCAUUCGUACGUUUACAUUCUUUUUUGUAGCAUUGCCUCCCCUCCUAGGACAAUCCAUUGUAGAGUUGAUUUUACGGCAAUGUAGAUGAACAGUUAGAAAGAAGAGAAAGUAGCUGCAUCGGCUGGAGUUAGAUAAAGAUCAUAACAUGUACAUACAUGAUCAUAUUCACAAAACUACUAUUUUGGAUUAGUGAAAAAGAAGGAUGAGUAUGAAGUUGUUAAGCACAUUCUAAUCAAUAAAAGUUCUCAUUUUUCCCUAUUCA